AUGGCUGGAUCCAUGGCAGGUAUGACAGCAGUUAUCUGUACUUACCCUCUUGACAUGGUUCGAGUACGCCUAGCAUUCCAGGUGAAAGGGGAACACACUUAUACAGGAAUUAUUCAUGCAUUCAAAACGAUUUAUGCAAAGGAAGGUGGUUUCCUUGGAUUUUACAGAGGCUUGAUGCGUACUAUAUUAGGAAUGGCUCCAUAUGCAGGUGUUUCAUUUUUUACUUUUGGUACCUUAAAGAGUGUUGGGCUUUCCUAUGCUCCCACCCUUCUUGGCAGACCUUCAUCAGACAAUCCUAAUGUCUUAGUUUUGAAAACUCACAUAAACUUACUUUGUGGUGGUGUUGCUGGAGCAAUAGCACAGACAAUAUCCUACCCAUUUGAUGUAACACAUCGGCGAAUGCAGUUAGGAACUGUUCUUCCAGAAUUUGAAAAGUGCCUUACCAUGCGGGAGACUAUGAAGUAUGUCUAUGGACACCAUGAAAUUUGA